AUGUGCUUCGGCGCUCGCAGCAAGAACAGUGAGGUCGAUGCGGCACGCUCGCGGGAGCUGGACAAGGCCAUCCGCGCCGAUGAGAAGCGGUUGUCCCGGGAGAUCAAGCUGCUGCUGCUAGGUGCCGGCGAGUCGGGCAAGUCGACGGUGCUGAAGCAGAUGAAGCUGAUCUACUCACAAGGCUUCAGCAACAAUGAGAAGCUCGAGUGGAAGCCCGUCAUCUUUGCCAACAUCGUCCAGUCCUUCCGGGUCAUAGCCGAUGCCAUGCAGGAGAUGGACGUGGACUUUGAGCACAAAGAGAACGAGAGCAACAUGGCAUUGGUGUUGCGCGAGCUCGAAGUCAGUGCCAGUGACCCGCUACCAACCGACUACCUUGAGCCCAUCAAGGAGCUGUGGGUGGACGCUGGUGUUCGGCAUGCCAUCACAAAGGGAAACGAGUUUGCCCUGCACGACAAUCUGGAGUACUUCUGUUCCGACCUCGACCGCCUCUGGGACCCCAGCUAUGUGCCCAACGACCAGGAUCUGCUCCGGUCACGUCUGCGGACCACUGGCAUCACCGAGACCGUCUUCGACCUCGGCCACCUCUCGUACCGCAUGUUUGACGUCGGCGGCCAGCGGUCAGAGCGCAAGAAGUGGAUCCACUGCUUCGAGAACGUGAACUGCCUGCUCUUCCUGGUGGCCAUCUCCGGUUACGACCAGUGCCUGGUGGAGGACAAGGACGGGAACCAAAUGAACGAAGCCUUGAUGCUGUGGGAGUCCAUCGCCAACUCGCACUGGUUCACGAAGUCGGCUCUCAUUCUCUUCCUCAACAAGAUGGACCUCUUCAAGGAGAAGCUGGCCCGGAGCCCCAUCUCAGCUCAUGGCUUUACCGAUUACCAAGGUGCUCCGGACGAUGCAAAGCAGGUCAGCCGCUACUUCAUGGACAAGUUCCGGGCCCUCAGCCGCAACCCAGACAAGGAGAUCUACGGCCACUUCACCAAUGCCACCGACACCAAUCUGCUCAAGAUCACCAUGGGCUCCGUCCAAGACAUGAUCAUCCAGCGGAACCUCAAGCAGCUGAUCUUAUAA